GCUCUUCCGCAAUCUCAUACGAUUCGCGACGAGGAAAUUUUUCGAGUAAUUCGUUCAUGUAUCUUUCAAGAGAUACUUUGUUUUCCGAUCACGAUUUCGAUUAGGUACGGCAACACACUUCUCUCUCUAGAAUUUGGAUGCGAUUUAAACUAAGAAGGUCGAAUGGUAACGGCGACGGUAUAUAAGAAACGUACAUAAAGGCUUUAGUUAUGACGAGUGCUUGUUGUGAAAUAAAACUGCCGGUUUGAGGCAGUCUUGAUCCAACGUUCGUCGUGGAAAAUAGAAGGUAUCCUGUGCUCUAGUAUUACAGAUAGAUCUUAUUGCGAACCAAUCUUCAAAUUUCUUAUACGUUUCUCUUUUCAAGAAGUUAUUCUGCAUUUUCAAAUAUUGGCCAUUAUAUAUCAGACAUCGAACGAGUUUGUAAAAUUGGUGCCGUAAACUUGUGAGAAUUUAACCACAUCUAACAUUUGUUCGCUAAUGAUAUAAAGCCUCAAGAUGGGUAAAAGACGUUAUAGUAGAGGAGACAAAAAAACUAAUAUGAAAAACGAGGAGGCUAGUGCAGAUGCGACUACAGAUGCGACUACAAAUGCGACUACAGAGUCGACUACAGAUUCGAAAACGACUGGAAAAACACAGGCAAAUACCAUCUAUCAUCACUGUCGAACGAAGUGUCACAUAAAAACAAUUAAUUUUAUAUGGACUAUUGAUCACUUUUGGAACAUAAACUCUUUUAUUAACACUAUGCUAUCUUGUGAAAUUGAAGAACUGUCCAUGAUGAUUAAGAUGCAUGUUACUACAGAAGACAUGAAAGAACAAGCAGUGGUACGCUUUUAUGCUGUACCUGUUACAGAUGGCACUAAAAUUAAUAUUCAAAGAUAUCAUGCUUGUAUCGGAAAUAUAGAGGGAGUAAUGAAUACAGGCUGGAAAUUAUUUUCGCAAACCGACGUGUUAUUUGAAGUCUUUCUGGAAACUCUUAACUUAUAUAAGUCAAGAUUUGUAACCGAUAACUCACUUUCGAUACAAUUUAUAUUUGAAUCAUUCGAUCGAGUAUCAGAUAGCAACGUUACAUUCGAGAAAUUAGAAACGAGACCGAAGUUAAAUAUAAGAGAAAUGAUAAAAGCUUCCAUGCUCGAUGAGAAAUCUAAUCCAAUCAUUACAUUUAAAAUAGAUGAGCACAAAUUUAAUGUAAAGAAAUUAAUAUUAGAACGUGCAAACAGCACGUUCUUUAAUAAUGAAAUAAAACAGAUUAGUACAAAAGAAUGUGCGAACAAAGAAAUAGAAAUAUCUACUGUACCCCAUAGUAUUUUUCAGCAAGUAAUAUCUUAUUUAGAAUCUAACAAUCCGUACUAUUUAGACUCUCUUAUAUUUAACAUGGAUAAAGCUAAAGUUAAGGAAUUAGUCAUUUCGCUCCUGGAAGCCGCUGAUCGUUUAGAUAUAAAAGAUCUUAAAGAAUGGUGUGAAAAAUCUUUAGUAGAAUAUCUCGAAAAAAAUAAUGUUCUAGAAUAUUUAGUUAUUGCAAAAACACACAAUGCGGAAGAUUUGGGGAGUUAUGCAAGAAAAUUAAGCAAAUUACAUUUAGACGAUAUUAAAAAUACUCCGGAAUUCCAAACACUAAGUAAAAAUAAUCCUGAGAAUUUGCAUGAAAUUUUAACACAGGAAUUAGAUGAAAACACUGCUUUGUAAUGUAAUGUAUAAAAACAGAUUUUUAUUAACAAAUAACUGAUGUGACAUUUAUAUAAAUAAAUUUUGCUAUUCUUCGAUCUUCUUAGAAUCUUUAUAUAUUUAUUGUAAAAAAUUUUGUAAAAUAUUGUAAAAGGAUUAUCAAUGUAACGUAAUACCAAAUUAUACACUUUUAAAUGUACUGUAUCUGUCAAAUUUAAUAUACCUUCGAUUGUUUUAUUGCUUCUUCUC